AUGUGGCGGCUACAACUGCACACACUACUCAGUGAUUUCAAACGCUACCGAAUUCAACAGCAACAGCAGUGUUACGCCGUCACACUGUACAUGAGUUUACUGGCGAUUGUGAUUCUGUCCCGAGGAAACUGCGGCCUCUCCAUCGGCACCACUCGCUACCUGGUAGCCAUGGCAACAGCAGAUCUACUGACCAUCAUCACUGACAUCAUACUGUGGCGGAUCAGUUAUUAUUACUUCCCUGGGACGUUCCUGGACAUUACCCCGGUGUGCAGUGUUAUCAAUGUCCUGGCAAAUGUAGCCACAAACUGUUCUGUGUGGUACACCGUCAUUUUCACAUUUGAUCGUUUUAUCGCCAUUUGUUACCAUGAUCUGAAAACGAAAUAUUGCAUCGGGAAAAAUGCGCCUGUGGUUCUAGCAAUAACCGGCGUUCUGCUCUGUUUAAAAAAUCUUCCCUUUUACUUUACACAGCAGCCCGGGAGGAUGAUCGGCAAUGUACCCUGGGAUUGUUUCCGGAAGCCGAGCUACUUUACAGCUCCAGGGUGGGUGGCUUUUGGUUGGCUGGAUCCCAUUCUGACACCAUUGUUCCCGUUCGUGUUAAUUCUGUUGCUUAACACUCUGACAGUCAGACACAUUUUAGUGGCCAGUCGCGUCCGUAAGGGUCUGUGGGGUCAGAACAUGGCGGAGAAUCGCAGUGACCCGGAAAUGGAGAGCAGGAGGAGGUCUGUGAUUUUACUUUUCGCCAUCUCGGGCAGUUUCAUCCUCCUGUGGUUAGUGUCUGUUGUCAAGUUCUUUCAUUACGCCAUUGCCGGUGCGGAUCCCAAUAACUACAACGAAUCCGAAUACGUAUUUGAACACUCCGGAGAUAUGCUGCUGGCUUUAAAUUGCUGCACAAACACGUUUAUUUAUGGGGUGACCCAGUCCAAGUUCAGGGAGCAGUUCUUGAACGCAGUGAAGUACCCGUUCUCCUCAAUUAUUCAAUUAAUCAAUAAAAGAAAUAACUGA